CAUCGAGCUCAACGCGUCUCAUCUCUAAUAUGUGGAAAGUUGUGAUCGUCCUCACAACCCUUUCGCUUGCUGCCAAAGCUCAGCACAUCAAUCACACCCCUUCAACGCCUUCACCAGCCACGUUAAAUCUCAUCUCACAAAAAAUGAGCGCCAGCAAACAAGCCCUGGCGUUCACCGGUGAGGAGAAAGUAACGAUUCUGUGCAGUAACCGCAGUUCGCCUUCCUUCCAGGCGAUUGAACCGAACGACAAGCAGGUGUUGAACAAACUGGAUUUCCGGAAACCAAUCACCCUGAUUGUGCACGGUUGGAAUGGCAAUAUCAGCAAGCCGUUCAUGCGAAAUUUGACUCAAAACUACGCCCGGUACGUGGACAGCAAUUUGUGCCUGGUGGAGUGGAGCAACUUAGCUACGUGCGAGUACAGCGUAGUCUCCGAGCAGGGUGUCAAAAAGGUCGCCAACCAUUUGACCAAAUUCGUUCGAUUUUUGCAUCGCAAAGGGUUUGCCUACGAUGAUAUGACUUUGGUUGGGCAUAGCUUGGGGGCACACAUUGCCGGAUUGGUUGGAAAGAAUGUGGACGGACAAGUCGGUGCAAUCUACGGUCUGGAUCCUGCGGGCGUUUUGUUCACGUUUCCGCUGGAUGUUGGAGAGGAAAAACGUCUAGCUCCUACCGAUGCGCAAUACGUUCAGACUAUUUACACCAGCAGUGGAACGUUGGCGAUGAGUGUCGCAGCGGGGCAGCAAAACUUUUGGGUCAACAGGGAUGGAGCUCAUCCACAGCCGGGCUGCGAAGAUGCUUCGACGGAGAAUGAUGAGUUCGAGAGAAUGUACGAAUCCAUGGGUUGCAGUCAUCGAAUGGCGCUGGUUUACUUUACGGAAGCAUUGAAUCCAGAAGUGAAUUUCACAAUGAAACGUUGCUACGCUUACUUGAUGUAUCAAUCAGGAUUGUGUGUGUUGGGUACCAAGGAUAAACUAGGAAUACAUGCUGAGAGAAUUUCUGGGAACUUUUACGGGACUGUUGUGUUACCAUAAAUCAGAAGCCACGGAACGUUUUAUCACAAAGUAUCUCAACACCCUAAGACGGUUUGAUUGAACUUAUCAGUAAGCAAACAUCAUUUCCUCUCUUGAAUACGAAUAAAUGAAAACAAUUGGCAAAGCCUCA